AUGAACCCAAUCCAGGGUGACAAGUCUCGCCCUGAGCAACUCGAUCACCACCUUCCCCCGUCUCCUCCGAGCUCUACCAAUCCCACUGCACCGCCCUCUCCCACUCUUGACCCCUUCCCGCCGCACAAGGAUCGUUCCGUCCAUAGCUUCAUCGGUCCACGUCGCACGUCUUCCAUCAAGCUUCACGCCCAUCCCAAAUGGCCCAACGAUUCCCACCCCGACUCCAGUAACUCCGGCGGGGGGCCAACGCGAGGACGCGGCUCACCUGAGCGUCCUCCGCGUAGGCAUGCGGUCCGAAGAGCAUCAGAGCGAGCUCUGACAAUGUCCUCGUCUCAUGUCUCGAGGACAUCUAUGUCUGAUCUCUUCAUACCUUCCCAUUCUGCCCGGAAACCCCUGUCUCGCCGAUCCUCUUCACCGUCCUCCUCGUCCUCUUCUAUCCCAAGCAGAGCUGUUCCUUCGUCGUCCACUGCAGGUAUCGGUCGCAAGGUCGCAGCUUCCCUAGAUCUUUUCAAGGAAACCGCGGUCACUCCUAGCGAGGAUGAACACCCCUACGAUCAUCCUCGUCCUGUGUCCGCUUCUUCGAAACGAAGGGUUGGCCCUUCGCAUCCUAUCAAGGAUGUAGCGGAAGCUCAGUUUGAGUUCGUCAAGCGUUCGGAUUGGCCGGACCGCGAGGCAGCUGCUAUCAGAAGAGACAAAAGUAUGACAGGCCUGGAGCGAGUGAGGACGCGGGACAGUAUUAUCUCUGUGUCGAGUGCAAGGGAACAGGGCGUGCGUCGGCGCAAGGCUCGGACAUUUUCUGCUCGAGACACUGUUUUGACCGACCUGGUGCAAUGGCGAAAGUCGGUGAUGGCAGAGCAUGACAGCAGCCGAGGACGGCCACAAGAGCGUAGUGUCUGGGCUGAUGACUCUGCGCCGGAUGCCACGUUUGGUUCCCCGGGUACUGACUCUUCUGCGUCCUCUGCUUCCUCUGCUGCCACCUAUCACGGCGAGCGUACACCGUCACCCGUUUCACUUGUUCUUCCUGCCACUUUCCCCCCUUCUCCAUCGCCAUCUCGCUCACCGCGCAACAGGGUACCUCAUGAUACGACAUUAGUUCCGUUGACUGCUUACCCGGACCGUCAGUUUCCUCCCUCAGAUCGCGCUACUGUCCGAACCCGGUCGCGGUCGCCCACUCCCAUCUACGAUCAUCACCCCUCUCCGCGGUAUCCAACUCCUGCGUCCGAACUCACUACUUGGUCAACCGAUGAUGAGUCUGCCUGGGAAACGGCUUCGGUUACGACGACUUCCACCACAUCCGUUUCGUCCCCCUUUCCCCUUUCCCCUUCACGCACGAGUCCUCUGCCGCAACCUAUCGUCCGAAACGCGAGCGAUGAGGACGAAGAACAGCAGCAAAGAGCAUUGUUGUCACCGUUCGACGAUAUCGAGGUCGGCUCACAGGGAGUCUCGAGUGUGGAACAUGGCGAUCUGCCGUUAGGUUUCAAUUUAUCGCGAGAAAGCCUACCGCACAUUCCCUUGCGGCCAUUUAGGAAUCAAGUUGGUGGCCAUAGCGCGAUAUACAAGUUCACCAAACGCGCGGUAUGCAAGCCACUUGUCUCUCGUGAAAACCUGUUUUAUGAGGCAGUCGAGCGAGAAGCUCCUCCUUUACUUGACUUCAUUCCGCGCUAUCUGGGCGUGAUGCUCGUCAGUUAUCGACGCGUUCCGCGGACCUCAGUCGGAUCGCCCGGGGCGUCGAUCCAGCCUGGCAAGGAUGUUGAUGUUGCCCGUCCGCCCAUUCACAAGGCAGCCUCCGACACCACGAAACUUGCGACCAUGGUUUCCCCCACUAAUACCAGGUACAGCGUCCCCGUACCUCACGAUGAGGGAGGAGACACAGAUACCGGAGAAGCCGAGUUACCUGAGGUCGCGCUUGAUUACAACCGCCAUAUUAUCCCGCAGUGGUUGUUACACGGCAGACGGAGUCGCGCUCUGUCCCAUUCAGAUGCAUCCGCAGGUGUCGCCGCUCGUCCAGUCAACCGGCGUCUGAGACGGACGCACUUGAACGGCGCCACGGCUUCUAGUCCUGACCUUGGAAUGUCUGCAAACCGUUUAUCGUACCUGAAUGGUGGGUUCAAGCCUAUGCCAAGUUCGUUGGCGCGCGGCUGUUUGAUUUCGGCUGAUCGGCCUGAUACUGCCACUCCCACAAACUCGCCUCCCAUUCCUGCCACGAAAUGGCAGGCCCUCAGUGUUCCUGAAGCAGCACCUCUACCGCUGUCUGCUGGGUCCUCGUUUAACAGCGGCUGGUUUGGUGGGACUGGAUCCACCGUCGUUAAUACCAAAUUCAAGGAUCACGUCUUCAGCACGCUUUUGCGUCGGUUUUCGCGGCAGUGUCCUUCCAGCAGAGGCCGAACUGCAGCGCGUGUGGAGGACGAGGGUGACUUCGCUGACGGCGAGGGCGAGGAGGGCGAGGAGGGGUCUUUGAGCGACGACAUGUUGAAGGUUAGACGCAAGAAGAAGCUGAGUCGUGUGGAGCGGUUGCGGGAGGAAGAGGCAGGCGUGACGGGCAUGUCUCUUCGGCGUGUGCAGAGCGACCACCAGCUUGUGGCGCACGACAGACGAAGUACUGCGCGGGAACCGAGCGGCAAUCAGCAGGAGCUAUUCGAGUUCGAGCCGGAAAAGCCUCCAGAUGCCGGUGCACUGUCAUCGUUCAGGGACGGAGGCCGUGGUACCUUCGCUGCGCGUGCGCAGCAAGACCGUGCAUGGCUGCAAUUGUACCCACCUGUUCCUCGCAGCGUGUCCGAUCCGCACAGCGGUACUGUUCGUAGGUCGUCUUCGGAGCCCCGCGAUCCUUCGGUGACGCGCCAGAAUCACUUCAUUCUCAUGGAGGAUUUGACCGGACGCCUGAAACGGUCUUGUGUCCUUGACCUGAAGAUGGGCACGCGGCAGUAUGGAAUGGAUGCCACGCCUGCGAAAAAGAAGAGUCAGCGCAAGAAGUGUGACAGGACGACCAGUAGGACCCUGGGAGUCAGGGUUUGUGGUAUGCAGGUAUGGAACCACGUUACCCAAUCCUACGUGACCCAAGACAAGUACAAGGGUCGCGAGGUCCGUCCGGAAGACUUCGCGAGUGUCGUGGCUUCGUUCCUGCACGACGGUGAGCGUCUACUGGUCUACCAGAUCCCUUUCAUCUUGCGGAAGCUGUAUGCCCUCGCACGCAUCGUUUAUCGCCUGAAGGGUUACCGUUUCUACGGCUGCAGUCUUCUCAUGAUCUACGAUGGCGACCGCGAGGUACAAGAAACCUUACGUGCCUCAAUAUCGGACCACCCAUCUUCGCGAAGCAAGCGGGGAGAAUCGCUUGAGCGCCGGUUGGACAACCACGUCCACACCCGCGGCGCACCAGUUGCAAAGCAGGAGCAUCCGCCGCUGCGUCGCUCGCAUAGCGAGGAUUUACUUGUCGGGCCCGUCGCAGACCGAAGCAGCCGCCGGCGCAAGCGCGGUGAGGUGCAGAUCCGUAUUGUUGACUUCGUGCACACCACUACCGGCAGAGAUUGGCUGCCGUAUCCUCCGGCAGGGCCUGCCGUGGACACGGAGGGAGUCACCAGCGGGAAGGGGUACCAGGCGGACGUUGAUCCUGAGACCGGACUCAUUUAUGCUAGGUUCCCGCCGCAUUACCCAGACCAGCCUGACCGCGGAUUCUUGUUUGGCCUUAUGAAGUUGGCGGAGACCCUGAAGACCAUCUGGAACGGGGAACGUAUACGCCGCAUCAAGGCCUCUCGAGACCAUUCCUCGACUGCCGACGAUCAGCUUCCACCUCUUUCAUCUGACGGCAAGGAGAUCUUCGAGGAGAUUUUCUGCACGCCGGAGGGCGAGGAGGACAUGGGUAUGAUAUCGACAUAG